UGUGAUGCGGUUAGUAAGCAAGAUGGCGGCCAUGGGGUUCAAGUCGACGACCAGACCUGGGCCGAUAUUUGGUUAUUGAUGAGCACCAGGCAGCACCCAUGGAUGAGCAGACCAUCUUCAAUCUCCUGGAGUGCUCCGUCUGCCUGGAACCGCUGGACGUGACCAGCCGCGUGCUGCCCUGCCAGCACACCUUCUGUAUGCGCUGCCUGCAGCAGAUCAUCAACACCCGCAAUGAGCUCAAGUGCCCCGAGUGCCGGGAACUGGUGCCCUGCCGGACGGUGACCGACCUGCCCACUAAUAUCCUACUGGUGCGGCUGUUGGAUGGGCUGAGGAGGCCCGGGAAGGCACCCGGUUCGCCCCCGCCUCGGACAGGCAAUGCUGGGAUCUCCUGCACCGGGGAGACUUUAACAAGCGGCAGAAGUACCUCCUCAAAGACCUCUAUACAGAACCAACCAUGUGCAAUGGCCCUGUACAAAUAUGAUGCUCAAGAGCACGGCGACCUCUCCUUCAACAAGUCGGACAUCAUCCUGCUGCACAAGAAGAUCGAUGACAACUGGUACCAGGGCGUGGUGAUGGGGGCGGGGGAUCAGAUAGGCUUCUUCCCAGCCAGCUACGUGCAGGUGCUAACCCCUCUCCCUCCCGACCCGCCCCAGUGCAAGGCACUGUAUGACUUUGAGGUCAACGAGGAGGAGGAGAAGGAUUGCCUUACCUUCAACAAGGAUGAGGUUCUGAAUGUGAUCAGGCGUGUUGAUGAGAACUGGGUGGAAGGCAAGAAAGGAGACAAGAUAGGCAUCUUCCCACUGUCAUUUGUAGAGCUCAAUGGUACAGCCAAGGCGCUGGUGGAUGCACACGCUGGUCUUGAUAGCAGCUCCGGACCGCCCCAUCAGUCGCAAGGUAGCGGGGAUGCAGGGAGCAGCCCCGAUCAGGCGGGAUCCAGUCAGGAGGGUGGCAGUAAAAACAAAGCCAAACGCCACUCUUUCACCUCUCUCCUGGGCCUGAGCGGUUCUGCCCAGAGCAAGAGCAAGGACCCCCAGCCAAGCACCACAACCAGUGCAAGCACCAGCACCAGCAGUGCUGCAGCAAGCGGCAGCGGCAGCAACAGCAACCGGCAUUCCAUGGAGAUCAGUUCCCCCGUCCUGGUACGCUCCAGCAAUCCCACCGCGGCCAACCUCAUUGACAGCAAGGCGACCUCGGUGUCGCAGCAGGCUGCGGCUGGUACCGCAGCGGCUUCCACGAGUGCUGGUACCACAGCAGCAGCAGGAGAGGCAUCAGCAGCAGUAUCUGCACGGAAGAAGCCAGCUCCUCUAACUGGCAUUUCACAGGUUCCUGCUAGCAGCACUCGAGGGCCCAACUCGCCUAGCGUGGCUGCUUCCCCGACUGUCACCCAGGCUGGCAAUGCUGAGUUCCGAUUCGUCGGAGAGGCACCAGCCUCACCCAAGCCAAAAGUAGAAGUUUACAUUGCUAUGUACUCCUUCAAGCCCACCAAGGCAGAUGAACUGGAACUCAAGAAGGGCGACUUCUACACCGUGACAGAGAAAUGCAAAGAUGGCUGGUUUAAGGGGAUGUCAGUAAAGACCGGUGACUUAGGUGUGUUCCCUGGAAACUACAUGCAGGCUUACAGGCAUGAAAGACCUGCCAGAAAAGCAACGACCACAGCUGCCGACUCUAGACCCCUGCAGGCCACGCCUGCUGCUACCUCAUCAGCCAGCCAGGGCAUCCGGCCACGCCUACCUAGCGAUGCAGCAUCACGGGCCGCCCCCAGCACAGCCCAGCGAGCCCCGCCCUCUGAGGCCCCCGGUAGCCCUAGCCCCAUGCAGGGGAUGAGGCCGAGGGUGUUGAGUGAUGCCGCCUCGCGGAUGGCGGCCCAGCGCACUGCAGCAGCUGCAGCUGCAGCAGCAACAACUGAUGCCUCCAUGACGUCGCCGCCUGUUAGUCAAAGCACAGCCACAACUCAAACAACUGGUUCCCGGCCUGUUGCCAGCGCCUCUCGGCCUGCCGGCCAGAUGGCCCAAUCCAUGCCCCCUGCCCAGCCAGCACAGAUGGAGCGCAGGGCCAUGUCGCAAAUUCCUGAUGGACAGAAAACUGUUGCACAGCUCCAGAGUGAGCGCGCUGCCCAGCAAUUGCAGUUCAGACCUCCCCCGCCUAAUUACCCAGUACGCCCAGGUCUUUCAUCAGUGGGGCAGGCCAGGGCCACAUCAACCCAUUCCGACAGGAAUGUCAGGGGGAGUCCCCCUACUGUGGGGACACAAACUGCUGCCACGUUGGCAAAAACUAGUAUCGGACAGGCACAGUUGGGUCCUGCUGGUACCCUGCAACUGCCAAUGCCGCAGUCACAAGGUGUACAAACCCGACACACAGGGAUAUCAAGUGCACCCAUCAGUGUUCGGCCAAGGGCAUCUUCUGGACAAGCUGCAGUGGGAUCACCUCCGACUCAUAAUGGACUAAUCCAGAGAGGACGAAGCCCCAGCUCACCUCAACCUGGGGCGCUGGACAAUACGGCCACAACUGAUGGAGGCAGUGCUGUCUCAAGGCCACGGGGAUCACCUGUUUUGGGUCAGGGGUCACCCAGGGGAGCAAGCACCGGUGCCAACCUGCCCCAGUCCACUCCCCCACAGGUAGAGGUCCACCUCAGUAGCUCCAGUGCCAAAGGCAAACGUCACUCUGCACAAUUACCGGCCGUAGAAGGCCAGGCCAAGCAACAGCAGCAGGCCCUGAAACCACGGCGUCACAGUGAGAGCGACAACGACCCGGUGCGGUCACGCAGGACAGUGCAAGCCAAAGCCGCUACCUCCCAGCAGCACCCGCCACAAAGCAAUGCCCAAAUGCAACCUGUUGCUUCCGGCUCUGGUCAGCCCUAUUCACAGCCGCAACACCAACAGCCCAGCAAGCCUUCCCUUAGCAAUAGCCUUGCUGCCACAACGGCAGCAUCGUCAUCACCACCACAGCCCCACCAAAGCAAGCAAACUGUUGUAAUGCCUUCCUCUAUGCAGCCUCCGCACAGCAAGCCUAGUAGUCCUAGUAUAUACAGGGUAUCCGAUACAAUGUCAUUUGCACCCCCACCAAAUGCCACCGCACCUGAUUGUGUAGCGCCCUCCCUUGCCGGUCCUGGUAAGACGGACAAGAAGGAGAAGAAGGAUCGUAAAGUCUCCAAAAAGCGAGCCCAGGGGAGUCCUGAAGAAGGAGCCCCGGUCCCGCUGGCCCGUGGCAGCUCCCUCCCUGACGGACAGGAGGCUCUGCCCACCGAGCAUUGCCCCAACCCUAGUCUCACCCUGUCCACCUCCCCAGCUGGUGCGCAGGGGGAGGGGAGUGGGGAAGAGACAUCCCAGGGGGCUGAGGGUGUCAGCGACGGUGCUACUGCCGUAGAGAGAAGGGACAAGCCACCCAAGACAACUCCACUUGUCCGAGAACGCUAUCGAGUAACAGUCCCCUACCCGCCAAACACCGACGCCGAGCUGGAACUCAAGGUGGGCGACACGGUCUUCGUUCACAACAAGCGGGAGGAUGGAUGGUUCAAGGGCACGCAGCAAAGGACAGGCAAAACGGGUCUCUUCCCUGGAAGCUUCGUGGAGAGCUACUAGGUCAGACAGUUUGAUCAGUAAAGUCGCACCCCUGCCCCCCAAUUUUUCCCCCGUUUUUGUCUCCAAAAGAGUUUUGCUGCCCAUCACCUAGAAUGUUCCAGUUGACAUUGGGUUCUGGGAAUCUGUCUUUUGGCAUUAAUGAACAUAGCUGAUCAUAUCUUGCCUAUGCUUACAGAGGUUGGUACCAUGUCUUACUGGAACCUGAAGCAGGCUUCACUGUGCAACGGGGUCCGUUUUGACCCCAAGCUCCCUUCCAGCAACCACACCAUUAUCAAAGAAUGUGCUACCAAAGAUUAAUCUAAAUCUGUACUUAAGUGCAGUCACAAAUGCUUCCAUUGUCUUGCAACCCGUGUCCAAAUGUUGUUUGUGUAAUUAGCCCGUUGAUAAUAGUUUGUGUACACAGAUUUCUGUGUGUAAUAGUCGUCUUCAAAGCCAGUGUCAAUCAAUUUCUGCAGUGUUUCAUCUAGUACAUGCACCUGCGCAUAUGAUAUAAAAUAUUUAUAUGAACGUUGGUUUGAGAGCAGAAAAAGCCGGAAAGCAUUCUUCGGAUGGAAAAAUGAAUUAAAGUUUAUAAGUGCAAGAUCACUCUGUAACAUAGAACAAAAAAAAAGGAUAUUUUUGAGUGUGAAUAAAUUAUUCAACAGCUGUUGCAGCAAUGCAAAUAACACAACUAGCCUGUGCCUUCACCCAUGUUGUGAAAUCGUAGUCUCUUAGAUGUAUUCAGAGAAAAAAGCCAAGUCUGUGGGGUCAGUUUUUGGAAGAAGAUAGUGAAAUGGUGUCAUGUAGAGCUUGUGAAUGUAAGGUGUUAAUCUCACCGAUAGAUAUUCCUGUUUAAUGUCACAUACAGAUGCCUUCCUGCAGUACAUGAGUCUCUGCAUUUUUGCAAGGUGUAGAGCUAAGUGUUGCCUUGUUGACAGUGUGGUAGCAUUGGACAAAUUUUACACUGAAUAUUAGUACACAAGAGUUACUAUUAAAAGGGAGUUAUGGGCAAAAGCCUGAUUCAAAUACAGAGGGAGAUACAUGGAGAAUGCAGAACAAAGUCAAACCUAGACAUCGGUUCUAAGUACACUCAUGAAUUUACCUGAACUUCAGAGGUGCUCACAUGGAUUAGGAACUCCUGUAUCAUUUGUGGAAAACAUACGCCAAUGUUGCAGUCCGUUGUGUUAUUCUUAACCGGAUUUAAAAGGUCUUGCCUGGCGAGGAGUAGAAAUAUGACAAGUGUAAAGGCAUUCUGGAGUGUGUGAAUUGACUUGUAUUCGCCCAACAUCACACGUAUACAUUUGUUUCUAAUAAAAAUGGAAUUUGCAUUCACGACCCCCGAUUUUCACUCGUGCACUUGUGCUAGUGCAGAGGUUCUGCUGUUACCCUGUAUACACAGAAUCCUUGGUUGCGGAAUGAAUGCUAACAUGCAGUUCAAAAUGCCAUGUGAAACACGCUAAGGCUGCUCCUUUAGUCAGCCGAGAUUCUUUGAUUGUGAUUUUAACCGAGCCAUGAAAGGGCCCUCUGGCUGUAUGUGAUAUUAAAACUCGGCAGUGAGGAGAAGGCAUAUCUUAAAUUCAUAAUGGGGAAAAUGUGUCUGUUGCAUUUGCGUGCCUGAACUUGCGGUGUUCUGGCAGGAAGAAUACUCCACAUAGGUCACAAUAUUGCCGACGCCAUUUUCAAAAUUAGUUCACUUUCAUUUGUGAUAAGUGAUGUGGGGACCUAGACCUUGGUCACCAAUGCCAUACCCUCAUUUCAUUUUUACAAGUACAUGCAUACCUCAAAGUGCCCUCGAGCAUUCAUGCCCAGGGCCCAUAGAUAUCCUGACAGGAUUGUGCAAGCCCGGCUGAGCUUUCUUCAACUCUGUGUUUUUUGAAGCGGAGGUUUACAAUUCCCUCACACGACGAUGCUGGAGCUUACGCUGAACUGUGUAACAGUGUUUGGAAUCCAGUGAAAAAAAAAACAAAACUGAAAUACUCUGUGUCGGUAGACCAAUCUGGCUUUUGUUGAAGUUUGAGGUGUCUGUGCAUUUUGACAAGUUGUAAUCACUCGUGGGAAAAUUAAGAUGAGUGUGUAUGCAUUAGCUGAGCUCAUUGAUAGCUUUCACUUGUGUUACACACCACACAUUAAGUUAGGAAUAGCAACAAUUGUUGCUCACAACUGUGCCACUUUGAGUUGACCAUGAAGAGGCCAAUUUCUCUUUGCGUCAUUGAAAAUGGCCAACAUCUCCACAAUUAACGGUAUUCCCUUUACACCUGAGCUUGGCAGUGUUGGCUUUCAUCAUUAAAUGUAUGGACUAUUCAAGGGGCACUGUUACCUCAAGUCAUAAUAAUAAUGAGUGUAUUUACAAGGUCUCAAAGGCAUUUUGAAUUGGAUUCUCUGAGCGAUGGAGAACAGAUGGCCAAGUGUGAGGUAAUGUGCAAAUGUUGCCAGGCAACUGCUUGAUUGCUAUGUUGUAAACUGCUCCUAAUGACUCUGCUCUGAAUAAAGUUGUCAUGUGUAUUCACAAAUCAUGGACUUGAGAUGGAAUUUUCUUGCAUAUAUAUGAUGAGUGAAUCAAACAUUUGUGUACUGGGAAUUCUGUUUUUAAUGCGUGAACCCUGUAAAAAAAAAGGUGGUGGGAAAAAAAUGACCCAACGAGCAUCCAUGAAAAGGAAAAGAUAAUUGUCACUUAGUUCCAAAAAAUCUUUAACAUAGAUAUAUUAGUCAAAUUUGUAACACCAGCUAUAUAUUUUUAACAGCUGGCCAAUGUUAACAAAUAACAGUAUUAUUAUUUCGUAUUAAUCAUAAAUCUGUCUAUAGUUGAAAUCGCUGCAUGCAGUAUGUUUUUCUGUAAUUUUGUAGUUCUCGAUUAUACAGAACAUUGAAACGAAAAUUUGUUUCAGAAGAUCCUGAGAUUAGUACUUAUCACACUGAACUGAGAUUGGACUUGAGAAUUUACAUGUUCAAGUUUAAGAAGAAAUGAGGGGCUUGUGUAUGUGACAUGUUCUUGUAAAAUUGGACAAAAUCGUAACAAAAGGAAGACGUUAAACUCAAUACUGGAAUUUGUAAUCAAUCAUUUCCAGGUUAAUUAUUUGUAUUUGAAAUUCAGCUUUGGAAGAUUUGAAGUGAGAGCCAAGUAUUACAUGCUGGAAAAGCAAGCCUUAGAUCAAGCUCUUUUCUGUGUAUUUUUGUUGCAUAAUCCAGAAGUUCCUAACUCUCAAACUUCACAAUUUCAAGAUGGAAUGUCGAAUCCAGAUGAAAGCAAAUGGUAUGGAAUUGACUUCCUUGCCAAAAUCUCAUCCGCUUGUAUUCAACACUUUCCUCCCCUUAACUUCUGUCUGAUUUUACAAGGAUGUAUCUCAUAGCAUGAAUGCCUUUCUUACCAAAAAAAAUUAGCAAAUAUUCAGAAAACCAUUUACAUGUAAGCUGUUUUCUGGCUCUGUCACCUGUAAACCAUGCAAUAAGUCCUCAAUCCUCAACAAAUAUAAUUCCAAAUCCUGGUAUUCAGGUCUUUUGGAGUCCUUGAGUAUAUUUUCUUCAAAUGUUGAAUGUAUAAUUAAUUGAAUGCUAAAGACAGUAACAUCAUUUGUACAUGUAUCUCUUUAGUGUGUUUUCUUCAGUGAUGUAGAGCAGAUCCACUAAAAUCUACUUAGAUUUACACUUUUUGAUAAAAUAAUUACCAAGAAUAAGUUGCAUAAAUGAUAUGUAAAUUCUUCGUAUAUUUUCUCUCUUUUCUCUGGCAUUUUUACAAUUUUCAGUUCUUGUUAGGUAGGAAAAAAUGAAGCUUUGUUCGAUUUCAGAAAAGGAGUCCUUUAAUCCAGCAGUGUCUCUGUCUGUUUCUGCAACUUCAACAAAUUAUUUAAUCGACCAAAACCCUUAUACAAUUGGCAAAGUGUCUUUCCGUUAAGUACCUUUUGUUUGUGGCAGUUGAGAUAAACCUCAGGACAUGCAUGAGUUAAAGUGUCAAACAGAAGAUUUCCGCCAAAAUUGUGAACAGGAGAAGAGAGAGGAAAAUCCAUGCCUGGCUGUGUUUUGUACUGUUGUCUUGUCACAAGUCUGUUUGUGUUUAACGAGCGGGAGCUGCUGGGAAAACUUAAAAUGCUGUGUUUUUAAGAGGCUGAAAAGUUUUGAAAUCACUUUCAGCCAUUCUUGUUUGAUUAAUCAGCAUGCCAGUUGUGUUCACGCAUGAAAGCAAUCUGCUGUGUUGUUCUCAAUAACUCUAAAAUUGGGGGUUUUAUAUGAAUUCCAUGAGAUUAGCUGAGCUGUUUUUACAAUACUUCAAUGGACACACUGAGUUCAUAUAUUUAUACAAAUGCAUUUUAGGUCAAAUGAAAUUGGACAUCCUGAAUUUGCCUUAAUAGACUGUGAACCUGUCCACUGAAUUUGCUAUGUGAAACUAAAUACGUGUCUUUGCCAAGAAAAGUGUCGCUAACAAAAUAUAUAACACAGAUGAUUAUUUUUUAUUUGUGAAAAUGACUUGUACAUAGUGUAACAAUGAAUUUAAUUAUGAAUCCACGAAGCAGAAUAGCCUGGCAUGAAUAAUUCCAGGAACUGCUUUCUUUAUAGCUGUCGAAAAAACUAUGUUGUUACGUUCUUUUGUUGUUUGUUUGUUCUCUCCAUCCUAUUCGAGGGUACCAGUGAUGGCUCAUGUCUGUGAACUUUCAUUGGACAGAUUUUGACUGGUAACCCUUGGCCAACAUUUCCACAUACAUACAGCUUGUGCACGUGCUGCAAUCAUUGAAGCCAUAACUCUGGAAUCCUGUUUUGGACACGGCAAAAAAAAUAUUUUUAAUCAGGUUACCAGCUAAGAUGUCAUGAGAUGUCUACUUGUGAAUGGUACUCUGCUGGUUUUAGUGAAGCACAUGAAUUGCUUUAACAAUUCUGUCUGCUUUUACCUAGCUGUCAUUGGUGCCCUUUCAAUCAAACCUGUUAUUUUAUUGGAGAGAUAGGGUGAGCAGCAUACUUUUGGCAGGAAACCCAAGAACUCAACAUGUGGUGUAGAUGCAUUUUUCAAUAGAUGAAAUUUUAAUUUCGUUUCAUGUUAAUUUAUAUGAGUAGAGGCUGUUAGGAAAAAUGUUAGGAAUUUAGAUCCUGAAAUUGGUUGCAUAAUUGUCUCAAUGAGAAGCAUAAAAAUUGGAGCAUUUUUGGGAUCUGGCUAGGUGAUCUCUGAAGGCAUUGGUCAGCUGUCGACUAGCAUCUUUCUCCUCUGAUCUUCGUAACAUCUGAUGAGAAGUUUAUUUUGUUUUCUCUUCAGCACAAAAUCACUCUGUGAAGCAUUACCUCCGUCAGGGAAAUUUACCAAUUAAUUUUGACACCCCAAAUGAAUUAUUUCAUACUUUAAGCACGCAUUGCGGUCUGUCACAGUGCUUUAUAUAGUAUCUUUGCAUUUAAUCCUAUUAUAGAAGUGCUCGCUGUUGCUAGUUAUUUUAAACAAACUGGUACCAGCAUUACAGGGUAGAGAUUAUUGAGUUCAGGAAGGCCUGAUUUACUCCACAGUACUUGUUUGCCAUUUUUUUUUCUUUUUUGAAUUACUAUGUCUGUAUUCGUGCAAGGAAAUGUUCCAUUGCCACUUUUGUAUUCAUUUACAUUGUGUUACAUUUUAUUAAAAGAAAAAUGUACUGGCGUAAUGUUCCAAGGUUAGGUACAUGAAUGUCAAUAAAAUAUUAACCCUGAAGUUGAA